AGUGACGAUGCUUUUUGCUAUCUUCUAACGUUUGUAGCAACAUCGGAAGCUAAGCAAAGCAUCUGCCUUUUUCACAACCAUGGAAGCGAAGCUUGAGCGUUUGAGUGUUGGUUGUGAAGGCUUAAUUGAGUUCGAAUCCCGAAGCGCCUCUAGUUCUUCUGCAUGAGGAAUUCUGUGAAUUCAUGGUGACACUACCUGGCUCUCGCCACGAAAAGAACCCGAUCCAUCUCCUACCCUGUCGCCUCUGCUUGCACCCCAACUCGAUCGAUACCUCCAGAGCUGAGGAGCUGCAAGGCAAGCAAUGCCCGCAUCAAAAGGCCAUGGCAGGCUAGUGGACCAAAUCUUCUCAUGGUCCAUGAAGGAUGUGCUCAACCCUGAUUUCUUCCAGCACAAGGUGGAGAGGAUUCCCAUGACCUUCGAUACUGUCGAGAACUACUUGAGCUCUUUUACCUAUCCACUCUUGGAAGAACUACGCGCUGAAAUGUGCUCUAAUCUCCAAACCCUGUCUCGUGUUCCUUUUGUCAAAAUAAAGCGUCUCGAGUGCAGAAAUCGCGCAGAACAUAUAUACUUCAUGGUUGUUGAACCGUCGGCUGAUGAAACCAGAAGUGCAAGUGACUAUAAGCCGUGCAAAGGUGACAUUCUUAUCUUAUUGAACAGUUGGCCAAAAGAUGGGUGUAUUCCGAUGAUGGACCACGAAUCAUAUUGCCUUCUCGAGGUAGUUAAGGAUGAAUUUCAAUUGAUGGAACCUCAAUGUUCUAUAGUUAGAGCAUCAGGGUACAUCGAGGCUUCAAUAGAUAGCACUAAUUGCAAAGGAAAAAAAAGCCUUUUUGUGGUUUGCCUGUUGACCACCAUACCAUACUCUCGAAUCUGGGAUGCGUUGAAUUUUAAGCUUGCAAAGAGUAGGAAUAUUGGCCUUAUUCACAAGGUGUUAGAUUUUGAUCCAGAGGAUGAAAUGGGUAGUGUUGCAUUUGCCUCCAAGCCUGAUGUUGGUGGUGUCCAAGACAUUGACAUUGGAUUGAGUUUAAGCAAAUUAUCACUGAAUGAGUCUCAGACCAAUGCCAUACUGAGUUGCUUACCAUCUGACAAAUGUCGCAAUGAUCAUCAAUCCAUAAGCCUUAUUUGGGGGCCUCCUGGUACUGGAAAGACCAAAACAAUCAGUGGUUUAGUGUGGUUAUUAGAUCAACUGAGAUGUAGGACACUUAUUUGCGCGACUACAAAUAAUGCUGUAACACAAGUUGCAUCGCGCUUCUUGAAGCUACUGAAGGAAUCCUCUGGGACCAGAUCAUACCGCUUGGGUGAUGUGGUUUUGUUUGGCAAUGAAGAAAGGUUGAGAUUUGGUGAUGAUCUGCAAGAUGUGUUUCUCAAAUACCGAGCAGAUAGGCUAAAAGGGUGCUUUGGAUUACAAACUGGCUGGAAAGAUUGCCUUAGAUCAUUACUAAAUUUCUUUGAACGUGCUGCAUUUUUGUACAAAAAUUAUUUGGAUGAAAAGAAAAUUGAGGAUGAGAAGGCCAAGAAUUUAAAUGAUAUAAAGGAUAGCAAAGGCGAUCGAAGAAUUACAAAUGCUGAGAAUCCACCAAGUAAGAGUGAGGUGACUUUUCUAUCAUUCGUUAGGCAAAAAUUUGCAUCUCUUUUACAGAAAUCCAGAGAGUGUUUCAAUAGCUUGUGUGUUCAUAUGCCAGCAGCUGCUUUGUCGAAUUCUUGCUGUGAACACAUAAAGGAUCUUCUUCGUUCGCUUGAAUGCUUUAACACUUUUCUCUCAAAGGAAGAUGCAGGCAGUAAUCUUGAGAAAGUAUUUGGAUCCGGACUGUCUUUAUCUGAAAAAAAAAAAUUAUUUCGUAGCAACACCAAUACCUUUAUCAUGCUACUUAAGAUGAAAAUAUAUUGUUGUGACGAAAUAAAAUUACUUCAGCGGUCGUUACAUCUACCUUCACUAUCUGGCAAGCGCAUCAUGAAUUUCUGCUUGGAAACAGCCAACCUCGUUUUCUGUACAGCAUCAACGUCCGCCAAGAUACACAAAUUGGAUUUAAAGAAACCAUUUAAGAUUGUUAUUAUUGAUGAAGCUGCACAGAUAAAAGAAUGUGAAUCAUUAGUACCCUUGCAUAUCUCUUCUAUAAGCCAUGCUGUUCUUGUUGGUGAUGGAUGUCAAUUGCCUGCUCUUGUCAAAAGCAAGGUCUCAGAAAAUGCAAUGUUUGGUAGGAGUCUAUUUGAAAGGUUGAGUAAAUUAGGGUUCAAGAAACACCUUCUGAAUGUGCAGUAUCGCAUGCAUCCAUCUAUCAGCUUGUUUCCUCUUGAAAGAUUCUAUAACUCCAAAGUAAUCAAUGGACCAAAUGUCAUUAAGAAGAACUACACAAGAAGAUUUCUUCCUGGAAAGAUGUUUGGAUCCUACUCUUUCAUUAAUAUUGUAGAUGGAACCGAGAGUUUUGACAACUUUAGUCACAGUAAGAAAAACGACAUGGAAGUUGUCGUUAUCUUGCAAAUUCUUAGAAGCCUUCGUACAGCAAUCAUGAAAAGUGAGAAAAUAACUAGUGUCGGCAUUAUCUGUCCUUACUCUGCACAAGUUGCUUCUGUUGAGGAGCAGGUAAGGAAAAAGCUUUCAUCGAGCUCAAACCUGCUUGUUAAAGUUAGCACGGUCGAUGGGUUUCAAGGUAGUGAGGAAGAUGUUAUCAUACUUAGCACAGUGAGAUCGAAUGCUAAUGGUUCAAUUGGGUUCGUUUCUAAUCCUAAUCGCACAAAUGUUGCACUGACUAGAGCAAGAUAUUGCCUUUGGAUAUUGGGUAAUGAACCUACAUUAAGAAGUAGUCGAUCAAUAUGGGCAAAUAUAGUACAAGAUGCAAAGGCUCGUGGCUGCUUUUUUAAUGCUAUUGAGGAUAAGAGCAUUGCUAAAGCAAUCAAUAGAGCACAUUGUUCCCCAAGCGAUACAGAUUCCCUUAACUUCCACCGCCUAAACAUUAGUGAAAGUCCGAAGAAGGGUAAACAUAUGAUUCCAAACUCUAGUCAUUAUGGUAAUGCAUCGAAAUAUUCUGAAGCUUCUAAAGGAAAAAUGCCUCUCUCAAGGAACCUGAAUUCAAAUAGUUCAUGCAUCAAAGAGGAAUACAAGGAGUCAAUUCAUAAGAAAUCUACUAAAGCUAUCUAUCAGCCCAAAACCCAUCUUGUGACUGAAGAAUGCAAAGACGAUAUUCUAAGAAUUCAUAAUUCUGGAGUAAAAUUGAUCGAAUACAAAGAGCCAAUCCAGAGAUCUGAAGAAGUUGUGCAGAUCUAUCAACCUACAAAUCAUGAAUUCAGAGAUGACAUUGUUAAAAUUGAUACUGAAGAACCGAAAAUGAUGCCAGAUGAAUCUAAUGAUGUUGAUAGUUUUUGCUGCAUUCCCCUUAUUAGGAACUCUGCUGAUUUGAAUACUUCCCAACCACUCACCUUCUUGCGGGAACAAGUUUCGCAACUACUCUCCUUCUUGUGGGAACAAAUAAGUCGGUCAUAAGGGAUGAUCAAAGGUUGAAAUAGUAUUCUACUGCUCGAUCUUGAUGCUCAGGAGGAUACGCAGUACAUCUUCUUGAUAGCAGUGUAUAAUAAUUAAUGGUUACUGGAUAGUUAUUAGCUUCUUAUUUUAUUUUUCUUAAUUGCCACGUGUAUUAGGUGAUCUAUUGUAUCUUUAGUAUAUAAAGUAUGCUGUGUACAGAGAAAGACUUUACCAAAAGAAUACAUUUCCAGUACUUCGUCU